GGGAGAGGAGGAGGAGGAGGAGGAGGAAGAAGAGGAGGAGGAAGAGGAGGAUUUGUUUCAUGGUCUAAAAACCUUCAAACUUGUUACUGAGACUGGUUUCAACCAAUUGGAAUUGGCGGCUCGUGGUGCACUGGUACGCGAGGGCAUGUAUGCGUCCAUGUUGCUCCUGCUGGCGCGAGACUAUGAACCCACUACGGGCAAAUGCAAUUACUUCGACUUCUCGGCUGAAGAGCGCAAUGUUAUUCUGCGCUACUUUCCCCCGUUUACUCGUAUUAUCGAUCACCUUUCGAUCACAGGACGCCUCUACCAGGAGCUGGCUCUGACACUGCCCGAAUUUACUCUUGUCUGUGCCAUCGAGAUUCUCAAAAACUUCGCCGUUCUCUCGGGUGCUUCUGGUACUCAUGCCAGACGGUUCUUCCUUCUCGCUAAGCAUUCUCUAUUGGCUACCAUGCAGAACCAUCCUUCAACGCGCGAAUUUGUAGAAAAGCGCUGUGCUCAGUUGGAGUCCUUUAGCCAGGUUUUGCACGACCUCAGCAUGGAACACCGGGACCUCCUUUUCGCCCUGAAGGUCAGUGACCAACCGAUGAUUGAUUACAUAUUUUAUGCCUACUUAAUUGCAGACAGUAACAUGAAUGAAUGCGAAGGUUCGCGAUCCAGGUACUUGCAUGGAUGA